CGGCCGUGCUUUUCUUCCUCUUUGUUAUUACAUUCCCUUCCUCGCAGCGCAUCCGCAUCCGCAUUCGCAUCCACCUUCUCUACGAUUCACAUCCACGUCCACUCUCGACUCGACCGCCCCUCCCAGUCUCACACUCCUGGUAUCCACCGCAACUGUGCCUGAACAAACCUUAAAUUACCAGUGCUUGUGUGAAACAACUCUGGUGGUAAAGCCAUUCAUAACAAAGCAUAAAACACGAAAGUCAGCUGGAUAACGAGUUCAACGGACGAGCAGAAUGGGGAAGCAGGACAUCAUCCAGGUCCUGACACCCGACCACUCUAUCGAAGCGACCUUCCUUGACGAAGAUGCAACCGUGGGAGACCUGCUAAUAGCCCUCACCGAGGAUAACCCAGAUUAUGGUGAUGGCGACUGGGCCAUUGUUGAGGUGGCCAUGCCCAGAAAAACUUCCCUUUCAUACCACGAGUUGUUUGCGCUCGAUCAGGGCACGCUGGCGCCAGAAACCCGAAUCAAGGAGGUCCAGGAACGACAUCAGGAGCUCUUACGGAAUCCAGACGCUACUGUCUUCAAACUUGUCAAUCUGCAGUACACUCUGCCAGUUGUCUUCCGUCAUGUCCCCACUGUUCCAGAGGCGCACUACCGGCAGAUCCACGUCUUGCCCUCGAUGCCUGUACGACAGAUUGUGGAUAUUGUCACGCGGGAGAUGGGAUUGAAGGCCCUGGACAGCACACUCAACAGCAGCACGCGGCAGUCUGUCUCAGCCGACUAUGUCUUUUCGCAAUUGACGGUCAAUGAAGAGGGCACUGAAGAGCAAAGGCAGCUGCUGGAUGAUGAGACACCCUUUGAGCUGCUGAAAGAUAACAGGGAGCUUCUCAUGAACCGACAAAUCAAAGAUUAUCACUUCCUGUUUACAGUACCGGAUUCAUGGAUCUCUAAGAUGGAAUCGGUGACAUCUCGCUUCACAAAGGGCUGGACCGCAACUCGUCCUCUAUCAAUGGCAGUCUAUGGCCUCUUCGGAAGCACUUCACCCACGCAGCCAACAGCCACUCGAGAAAUUUCAAACCCUAUUCCAAUAGCACCGACUUCUAUCCAUCAUCCAUCCUUUGGCGACCUCGACCACUCCACAGACAGUGCAAAGAACGCUCAAAAGCGGCGGCAGAGCAUGAUUGCGGGAUCCAGGCUGAGCUCGUUCUUUGAUCCGUCUACCCUAGGAGGAUGGCUUGCUCCUGAAACCAAGAAGCGGCAUUCGAUUGUUGUGGGUCAGAGUGUGCCCAAUUUGAUAUCAAAACCCAUGGGAAUAGAGAACGGUGGCGGAUCUGAAGUGUAUGACAUGACGGAUGAGGAGCUGAAUGAGGCAUUCGUCGCGCUUUUGAAUGACCUCAAUAUCAAGGACACAGUGCGCGAGAGCAUGAUGCAGUUUUCGCGCGAGAAGAAGACAGCUCUAAUUCUACAGAACCAACAAAUGCAACAGCAAAAGGAGAGGGUCUCUUCACCAGAUCCAUAUUCCGGCAAUCAAAAUGGAGGAACACUUAGCAGGGGUACAAACACCAGGAACAAGUUCAUUGGAUCCAUUUCCUCUCGGGUGUCCUUCAUUGAGCCUGACGGCUCUUCAAACGCAAAAUUACACUCGCGAUACUCUUCCUGGUCGAGUCUCGCAGGGUCUUAUGAUGGUACAGCUGUUGAAGAUGUGGCCCCUUCUUCACCAAAACUGACUGGAUCUGAUCGCCCCAUGUCACCAACAAUGGCCGCUGCAGGAUCCUUAUGGUCGAGUUGGUUCGGAGCUACUCCGCAGCCGGAUGCAUUGUCUAUUGACGAGCCUUCAGACGAUUCACCACAGUUUUAUAUCGAUCAGCUUUUGAGCAAGACAACCACUCAAAAGACACUUGCCAAACAUCUCCUAAGCCUCCGGAUUGCCCUUGCAACAGCAAAACUGUCGUGGAUCAGGCAGUUUUUAAACGGGCGAGGAUUCAGAGCAUUAGAAAAUGUGCUAGACAAGACGGCUAUUAAGAAGCGUGGUGGCAAAGCCAACGAUCUGGAUGAGACUCUGCAGUCCGAGUGCGUUCAGUGUCUUCGUGUGCUUAUGAAUACAGAGCCCGGAUUCAACCAAGUCCUAGGGUCACCAUCCUUGGUGGCUCACAUCUCAUAUUGCCUGUACACUACAAACAGCAAGCUGCGCACAAAAGUUGCAGAGGUUUUAGCUGCCCUCUGCGUCAUGUCUCCAGAAUCCCACCGCCUCGUCUUGAUGGCCCUUUCAGAUUUUAGAGUCGCCCACGAGGAGCGCUUUCGGUUCGAAUACCUGGUUCACACCUUGGCGGCGCCAAUUCCAGAAGAUGCGGACAGCGAAGGCUUUGAAUGGGAGUACAGGACAGCCUGUCUCAGCCUGAUGAACGCUCUUGCGAAUUCGCCAUCAUCGCUGGACGACCGCAUAUCUCUCAGGAAUGAACUCCGCAGACGCGGGCUCGAGGAUGUGUUCCAGACACUCAAGAUGCAAUCACCACCGGAGUCACUACUAAUCCAGAUCAACGUCUACGAGGACGAGCGGCACGAGGACUGGGUGGAUCUUCAAGAGAGGGCGUUUGAAAUGGCCCAAAUUAAGGAUGAUCAGGAUAGUCAAAACUCAGAGCUAAUCAAUACUAUUGCCGCGCUUGGUCCGGCCGAUGAAGAAUUUUAUCCGCGCAUCAUCCAGACCCUGCAGCAGUAUGCUAAUGCAGCAGCUUCAUCCUUGGCUCCGGAGGAAUAUGACAGCGAAGACAGCGAGGAUUCUGAUGAAGUGAGUCCUAUCUCAAGACAAAGCCCACAAUUCAAGGAGGAUCUUUGGACGAUCGUGGCGAAGUUUGGCGAGCGCAUCUUCCAAAUGCGAGACAUUGAGAAAGACUGGGCAGGCUGUCACGACGACUUUCUGGAGGCGAUUCAACAUAUUGUCGGCAAGAGGGGGAUUAUCCUAUCUUUCGCAGACUCCAACAGUAAUUCGUCAUCUUCCGCUUCCAUGUCGUCUGUGUCCUUGACAUCUAGUCGAAGACAUAGCUACAUCGAUUUUGAGAUUGAUACCAUAAGACGUGACGUGGAAGAUGCGCGGGAGGACGCUGAAAAGCUGCGAAAGGAGCUUGCUGAGGCCAGGCAGGAAGCUGAGGAUGCAAAGGUUCAGCUGAAGCAGCAGCAGGCCAAGACUGCCCCUUCGAGCGCCAAAGACAGCUCAGAUAACGAGCCACUGACAUCGUUUGGCAAGCGAGAGAAUCACGCUGGAGUUGUUCAAAGAUUGGUUCAAAAGGAAAAGGAGGUCACCCAACUUCGAGAGACUAUUGAAAGAAUGGAGAAGAAGUACAGGGACAAGGCCGAGCUCGUCACUGACGACGAACCUCGCAAGUCUGAGCGCUCUAAGGAGAUUGAUAGCACCCGUUGGAAUGCUAUGAUGACCGAGGUUCAGCUGCAAAAGAGCAAAACCGCAGAAGCCGCUAGUCUUGCGGAUGAACGCCAGAAGGAGAUUGCAUAUCUAAAGCGCGCUUUGCAGAUUGUAUGCACGCGUUAUGAGAGCGCGAUGGGCGAGAGACCUCCAGCUGUCACUGAAGAGGACCACACGAACCAGCCCAAUCAGACUGAGGGUUCUCUGCAGCUCUCUAAGACAUUCGAAGCACUUGCACGUAAAGAUGAAGAGAUCAGCGACCUGAAAACGCAAGUGGAAGCACUACGAAAGGCAUCAUCUGUUGGAUUGACUCCUACAGAGGAAGUACUGUCGCUUCGCGGAAGCCUCAAGGAUUGCAUGCUGAAGAUACAAGAGCUGCAAGCACUGGUUGCUGACCGCGAACGGAUCAUCAAGGGUUUGAAGGAGAACUUGAUUAACUUGGAGGCAGCGAAGUACUCUGACGGCAUCCCGGAACAACUCAACGGCGCUAACGGUACUGGAGGAGGCAAGGCUGAGCGAUCAAAUUCGCGCUCCUCUCUGAAGCUUCAGAUCAGAGCCCUCUCAGCUAAGGGAUGGCAGGCUGAGGAAUUGAACGAGGAGCAAGAGGAUUCGCUGGCCCAGAAUGGAGACAGUAUCUCCCUCUUGAAAUCGGAUGUCAGCGCCAAUGACUUGGAUGUUACAAGCUCAGGACGAUCUCCAGGACAAAGGCCAGGCGGCCUGCUCUCUCCAGUUACCUCACCGUUGCCUGGCAAGCGUGUCCUCGGUUCUGGCGGUAAGCGACCUGCAUUGCCUCCACCGCCUCCACCACCAGGUCCGAAACAUAAGCUGUACGCUGCCAAUGCAGCGACCACACCAGGAACAGAAGUUGGACAAGGAACGCCAGACCCGACACCGUUAGCUUCAGCGCAGUCCCCUCAGCCAGCACCUAUCCAAGCCAGGACUGUGCCAGAGCCCAUGGCAGUCAAUACUUCGGCACCACCCCCUCCUCCUCCACCACUGGCCAGUACUCUUAUGCCUCCUGCGAUGGUUAUCAACAUGCAGUCGCGCCCAAUCAGGGAGGCGCAAACGGCUUCACCUCCAACGUCUCCACCUCCCCCAGUGGCUGGAAGCGCCCCACCACCACCACCACCACCUCCAGUGACUGGAAGUGCCCCUCCUCCACCUCCUCCACCUCCUCCAAUGGCUGGAGGUGCUCCUCCACCACCCCCGCCUCCACCACCAGCCUUUACACCUGGCGCUACUCCGUCUACACCCAUACCCUCAAAUAUAUCUCCACUUUCUCAGGCGCUUCUCAAGCGAUCUACCUCGAUGCCAGUGUCAAAGAGCCAAAAUUAUGUACCAUCAUCUCCCCCACCUCCACCUCCGCCUCCACCAUCCAUGGCAGGAGACAGGGCUCCCAAAGCGCCUAUGCAGUCACUCUCACCGCCACCCCCUCCACCGCCAGGAAUCCAUGGCGCAGCGUCGCUGGAUGGCGCCAUCCCAACGUUGCCCGUCUUUUUGGCAGGCAAUCGCCCGUCUAAUCCUCUGAGACCGCUCGGUAUGGCUAUUCCACAGGUCGUCAAGCCCUCUCGUCCUAUGAAGCAGCUCUUCUGGAACAAGCUGCCCACUGGAACCAUCACGCAAACAGUCUGGAAGGACAUUUGCGACCCAUCAUCAGAUUUGGGAACUAUUGAACUGGAUUAUGCAGAGAUUGAGGAGCUCUUCUGCAAGAACCAGACCAUAGCAGCUAAUGUCGCUGCCAACACAGAGAAGAAGAAGAAGACCGUCAGCCUUUUCAGUGUCAGCCGCGCCAACAACAUUGCCAUUAUGUUGAGUAGGAUCAAGCUGACAUAUCCAGAGAUGCGCAUAGCACUGAUGGAGAUUUCGGAUGAAAAGCUGAGUAUCGAGAAUCUCAAAGCCAUCAAGCAAUAUGUUCCCACUAGCGAUGAGAUCGAAAUGAUAAAAGAGUACGAUGGAGAUUUUGAACAACUCGGAAACGCAGAGAAGUUCUAUCGUGAGAUCAUGGAUAUUCCUCGGCUCUCUGAACGCGUGUCCGCCAUGAUUUUCAGGCGACGGCUUGAAAUCGAAGUUGGGGAAUUGAAGCCGGAAAUGGAUGUGCUUCGUUUGACCAUCGAGGAGCUACAAAGUUCCAGGCGACUAAAGAGUCUUCUCAAAACUGUCCUGCUGAUGGGCAACCACUUGAACGCGACAAGCUUCCGCGGAAAUGCGUAUGGAUUCCAGCUGGACGCACUACUCAAGAUCCGUGAUACGAAGGGCGUUGAGGGUGUCAAGCCUGGCUCGAAUACUCUGCUCCACUACCUGGCGAAAUCGAUCAGUGCCAAUGAUCCAAAUUUGAUCAAAUUCCUAGAAGAGGUGCCACAUCUGGAGGCCGCGGCUAGAAUUUCGGUGCAAACCCUGAUGAACUCCAUCAACAGCCUCGUGGCGGGUAUGAACCAGAUCCGGGAAGAAGUCCGUGUUCUCCGCAGGAUCAGGAUCUCUCCGCCUAAUGACUUCUUCAUUGAGGUUAUGGAGAAAUUCGUGGAUGCAAAUGAGGAAGGCAUUCAAAAGAUUGUGGAGGUCGGCCAAGGCUUGGAGCAGGAUUUGAGACAACUUUUAUUGUUCUAUGGCGAAGACCCUGCCAAUAUGAAGCCCGAGGACUUUUUCGGCAUGCUGGUUUCGUUUUCGACAAUGCUCCAGAAAUCGCAGUUGGAGAACGAGGCUCUGGCCAAGAGACUGACCAAGAGCCAAAAGCAGCCCCCCAACAAGAACUGUCGCCCAUCCGAGGCUGCAGGUCAGUUGUCAGUAGCGGCUAUCCGCGAUGGUCACUUGGACGACGCUAUCCGUGGACUGAGGUCCGGAUUGCGGCGGAACAGACGCGAUCGACCCAUGUCCCAUCUUUAUGCUGAGCUCAGUAUGGAGGCCUUAGAUGCCAUUAAUUCUGGUGUACCUCGAGCUGGUGCUUUGGCGCAUUCACGUCAAAGCAGUCGUCAUCAGUAAUCUAAUAAAUAAUUUAUAAUAGCCAUCGAAAAAUGCUUCAUAGAGGCUACCGGUGACGAAGAAAGAAAGAAAGAAAACAAGCAGGGCAUAUAUAAUUGUUAUUACCUUCAGGA